CUUCUAAACAUCACAUACUUUUGCUUGUUGGAGCCAUCUGCAGACCUAGAAACCACCCCUCAUCGCUUGAUUGAAGGAAAAUGAUCCCUUGCUAUCUAUACCAAAAUGAGCACAACGCACCCGAUGCAGGGAAUCAAGCAACGGUGCUUGGGAGAGCAAGACGGCUAUUCUCUUUCAAGGGAUGGUGAUAAUGUCGCCGUCGAUGAUAGAAGCGUACUUCACAACAGAGGAGGAUCGCGAAGUAUGCGACGCGCCCGCUCGGCUAGCAACGAAGAUGCCGCUUCUCAAAAGCAAUGCAAGCGUCGUCGGCUAGGCCAAAGCGACGAACCGCGCAUUCGCAGCGAAAAUUAUUUUAGAAAUUUGUACUCUGCCGAGCCAGACUUCCGCCGUCUCGGCUUAAAAUAUCCAGAGUUUGGUACCGUGCUCAAAGAUGGUGCCCACCUAGAUUUCGCAGACCCAGCAGCUGUUGUACAGCUUACCAAGACGCUUCUGAAAGAGGAUUUCGGGCUCGAGAUCACCCUUCCAGCAGAUCGACUGUGCCCACCUGUGCCAAAUCGACAUAAUUACAUAUUGUGGCUGAAGGAUCUGCUUGAUAGCACCUCGUCGUCGUAUUCUCAGCAGUAUGAGCCCGAGCGGCGGGUUACGGGCCUCGACAUUGGUACGGGUGCAAGCUUGAUAUACCCGCUGCUUGGAUGCGCCCAGCGCCCAGCUUGGAAUUUCAUUGGUACAGAUAUCGAUGCGGAAUCAUUACACAACGCCCGCGAAAAUGCACGCAUAAACAAUCUCGAAUCUCGCAUUCGUAUUAUAGAUCGUGCGGCCUCAGAUACCUUGAUUCCUGAUUUAAGCACAGAGGCUAUCGAUUUCGUCAUGGUGAACCCACCGUUCUACGCAUCAGAUACAGAACUGCUCGAGCUCGCCGCAAAGAAAUCACGACCUCCACACAGCGCAUGCACGGGUGCACCUAUUGAGAUGGUCUGCGAGGGGGGGGAAGUCAGAUUCGCUGAGCGACUGAUCGAUGAGUCUCUGACGCUCAAGGACAAAGUGCAAUGGUAUACGGCCAUGUUGGGUAAACAGUCUAGUCUGGAGAUUCUUAUUGAUGUACUCAAGAAAAAUGGUAUCAACAACUUCGCCGUCACAGCCUUCAUUCAGGGAAGCAAGACACGGCGUUGGGCACUGGCAUGGAGUUUCCUGACUAGACGACCGUCGCCGGCCGUGGCUCGCGGAUGUAGCUCCUUUCUCGCUAAAAAUAUGCUGCCACCGGUUACAACGACAACUAUUUACAAGCCACCUUCCCAGGACUAUGCUGACCUAGUCUUAUCCCUCGAAAGAAUUAUCUGUGAUACUAUGAAGUCAUUGGGCUUAUGCUCGUGGACUUGGGAUGAGCAGCGUCUCCGAGGCGUUGGCUUUGCUCAUGGCAAUGUUUGGAGUCGAGCUUAUCGGCGGAGAAGAGCUAGGGAAGGCAUAGUUGCGGCUCAGCAGGAGAGUACAGCUUCUCCACUUGAUGUGGUAAACUGCGCAUUUGGAUUCUCCAUCUCCAUCUCCAUUCCAAUCGACAAUACAGCUGAGCCAGGCAGCAGCAAUCCUGCUGUCACCGUGUGCUGGCUACAAGGCGAUGAUGAAGGCUUGUUUGAGAGCUUUUCAGGCGUGGUUCGAAGGAGUCUCCGAGAAAAUACCACACGCUCGGUAUGAUCGAUGGAUGAGAGAAAUGGCAUUAUUAUCAGAUGCUAAACUCAUCAUUCAGUUCUCGCGCCUCGCUUUAAUGACCUGAUUCA